GUGAGCGCUGUCCAGCUCUCCGCCUAUUGGAUCCUUCGCCACCGGCGCCACAGGGGAGCAAGUUAGUGUGUGCGCUGGCCGGGCGGGGGGGAGGAGGGGAAUCUCCCGCCAUUUUUCAAUAAUUUCCUCCUGUGCAGCUGAGGAGGAGUCGUGACUGCCGAACACGGGGAUCGGUAGCGGAGGUUGGCCGGAGGCUGCCGGGCAGCGCAGCGGUGUGCGUGGGAAUUCUGCGCUCUUGCGCCCCGUUCCAUGGUCCUCGCGCGGCCGCGCCAGCAGUGAGGGAGCCGAGUUCGCGCCGCCCUCUCACCCCUCCCCUCCCCCACCCCACUCCCGGGAGCCAGGCGCUCACUCCGGGCCGCAGGGCCUAGUGUUGCACCGCGGGCUCGCCGAGCACCCGCCUCUGCCUUCCUUGCUGCCGCCGCCGCUGCGAUGGCGCCGCUCCUGGGCCGCAAGCCCUUCCCGCUGGUAAAGCCGCUUCCCGGAGAGGAGCCGCUCUUCACCAUCGCGCACACUCAGGAGGCCUUCCGUACCCGGGAAGAGUAUGAAGCCCGCUUGGAAAGGUACAGUGAACGCAUUUGGACGUGUAAGAGUACCGGAAGCAGUCAGCUAACACACAAGGAGGCCUGGGAGGAGGAACAGGAAGUUGCUGAACUUUUGAAGGAAGAGUUUCCUGCCUGGUAUGAGAAACUUGUUCUGGAAAUGGUUCACCAUAACACAGCCUCCUUAGAAAAGUUGGUAGAUACUGCUUGGUUGGAGAUCAUGACCAAAUAUGCUGUGGGAGAAGACUGUGACUUUGAGAUUGGGAAGGAAAAAAUGCUCAAGGUGAGGAUUGUGAAGAUACAUCCUUUGGAGAAAGUGGAUGAAGAGGCCACUGAGAAGAAAUCUGAUGGUGCCUGUGAUUCUCCCUCAAGUGACAAAGAGAAUUCUAGUCAAAUCGCUCAGGAGCAUCAGAAGAAGGAGGCAAUUGUAAAAGAGGAUGAAGGAAGGAGAGAGAGUAUUAAUGACAGAGCACGUAGAUCUCCACGAAAACUGCCUACUUCAUUAAAAAAAGGAGAAAGGAAAUGGGCUCCUCCAAAAUUUCUGCCUCACAAAUAUGAUGUGAAACUACAAAAUGAAGAUAAGAUCAUCAGUAAUGUGCCGGCAGACAGCUUGAUUCGUACAGAACGCCCACCAAAUAAGGAGAUACUUCGAUACUUUAUACGGCAUAACGCUUUACGGGCUGGCACUGGUGAAAAUGCACCUUGGGUGGUUGAAGAUGAGUUGGUGAAGAAAUAUUCCCUGCCUAGCAAGUUCAGUGACUUUUUACUUGAUCCAUACAAGUACAUGACUCUCAACCCUUCUACUAAGAGGAAAAAUACUGGAUCCCCAGAGAGGAAGCCCUCAAAGAAAUCCAAGACGGACAACUCUUCUCUGAGUUCACCACUAAAUCCUAAGUUAUGGUGUCAUGUACACUUGAAGAAAUCCUUGAAUGGCUCCCCACUCAAAGUAAAGAACUCAAAGAAUUCCAAAUCUCCAGAAGAGCAUCUGGAAGAAGUGAUGAAGAUGAUGUCACCUAACAAGCUACAUGCUAACUUUCACAUUCCUAAGAAAGGCCCACCUGCCAAGAAACCAGGGAAGCACAGUGACAAACCUUUGAAAGCCAAGGGCAGAAGCAAAGGCAUCCUGAAUGGACAGAAAUCCACAGGGAAUUCCAAAUCUCCAAAAAAGGGCCUGAAGACUCCGAAAACCAAAAUGAAGCAGAUGACUUUGUUGGACAUGGCCAAAGGCACUCAGAAGAUGACACGAGCCCCCCGGAAUUCUGGGGGUACACCCAGGUCCUCUAGUAAACCUCAUAAACAUCUGCCUCCCGCUGCCCUCCACCUUAUCGCCUAUUACAAAGAGAACAAAGACAGGGAGGAUAAGAAGAGCGCCCUGUCCUGUGUUAUUUCCAAAACAGCCCGGCUUCUGUCUAGUGAGGAUCGAGCUCGUCUCCCAGAAGAACUGCGAAAUAUUGUUCAAAAGCGCUUUGAGCUUCUAGAGCACAAAAAGAGGUGGGCCUCUAUGUCUGAAGAACAGCGCAAAGAAUACUUGAAAAAGAAACGUGAAGAACUGAAAGAAAAGUUGAAGGAGAAAGCCAAAGAGCGGAGAGAGAAAGAAAUGCUUGAGAAACUAGAAAAACAGAAGCGGUAUGAGGACCAAGAGUUAACUGGCAAGAACCUUCCAACAUUUAGACUGGUGGACACCCCCGAAGGGCUGCCCAACACUCUCUUUGGGGACGUGGCGAUGGUGGUGGAAUUCCUGAGCUGUUACUCUGGGCUCCUCUUACCAGAUGCUCAGUAUCCUAUUACCGCUGUGUCCCUUAUGGAGGCUUUGAGUGCAGAAAAGGGGGGCUUUUUAUACCUGAAUAGGGUGUUGGUCAUCCUCUUACAGACCUUACUACAAGAUGAAAUAGCAGAAGAUUAUGGUGAGUUGGGAAUGAAGCUGUCGGAAAUCCCUCUGACUCUGCAUUCUGUCUCAGAGCUGGUGCGGCUCUGCUUGCGCAAAUCUGAUGUUCAGGAGGAAAGCGAGGGCUCAGAUGCAGAUGACAAUAAAGAUUCAGCACCAUUUGAGGACAAUGAGGUACAAGAUGAGUUCCUGGAGAAGUUGGAAACCUCUGAAUUUUUUGAGCUAACAUCAGAAGAGAAGCUGCAGAUCUUGACAGCGCUCUGCCACCGGAUUCUCAUGACAUACUCAGUGCAAGACCACAUGGAAACCAGACAACAGAUGUCUGCAGAGUUGUGGAAGGAACGGCUUGCUGUAUUAAAGGAAGAAAAUGAUAAAAAGAGAGCAGAGAAACAGAAACGGAAAGAAAUGGAAGCCAGAAAUAAAGAAAAUGGAAAAGAGGAGAAUGGGUUAGGCAAAACUGAUAGGAAAAAAGACAUUGUGAAGUUUGAGCCCCAAGUAGAUAUGGAAGCUGAAGACAUGAUUAGUGCUGUGAAGAGCAGACGGCUGCUUGCCAUUCAGGCUAAGAAGGAGCGGGAGAUCCAGGAGAGAGAAAUGAAAGUGAAACUAGAACGCGAAGCUGAGGAAGAACGAAUACGAAAGCACAAAGCAGCUGCUGAGAAGGCAUUCCAGGAGGGAAUUGCCAAGGCUAAACUCGUCAUGCGUAGGACUCCUAUCGGUACAGAUCGAAACCAUAAUAGAUACUGGCUCUUCUCUGAUGAAGUUCCAGGGUUGUUCAUUGAAAAAGGCUGGGUGCAUGACAGCAUUGACUACCGGUUCAACCACCACCGCAGAGAGCACGCAGACUCUCCUGAUGAGGAUUACUGUCCCCGUAGUAAGAAAGCAAACUUAGGCAAAAAUGUAGGUGUGAACACACAACAUGGACCAGCAACAGAAAUUGCUGUAGAGACCACCACCCCCAAACAAGGACAGAACCUAUGGUUUUUGUGUGAUAGUCAGAAGGAACUGGAUGAAUUGCUAAAUUGCCUUCACCCUCAGGGAAUACGAGAAAGUCAGCUUAAGGAGAGAUUAGAGAAGAGGUACCAGGACAUUAUUCAUUCUAUUCAUCUGGCCCGAAAGCCAAAUCUGGGUCUGAAAUCCUGUGAUGGCAAUCAGGAGCUCUUAAACUUUCUUCGUAGUGAUCUCAUUGAAGUUGCAACAAGGUUACAAAAGGGGGGUCUUGGUUAUGUGGAAGAAACAUCAGAAUUUGAAGCCCGGGUGAUCUCAUUAGAGAAACUGAAGGAUUUUGGUGAGUGUGUGAUUGCCCUUCAAGCCAGUGUCAUAAAGAAAUUUCUCCAAGGCUUCAUGGCUCCCAAACAAAAGAGAAGAAAACUACAAAGUGAAGAUUCAGCAAAGACUGAAGAGGUGGAUGAAGAGAAAAAAAUGGCAGAGGAAGCAAAGGUUGCAUCUGCUUUGGAAAAAUGGAAGACAGCAAUCCGUGAAGCUCAGACUUUUUCCAGAAUGCAUGUUCUACUCGGGAUGCUUGAUGCCUGUAUCAAGUGGGAUAUGUCAGCAGAAAAUGCUAGAUGCAAAGUUUGUCGAAAGAAAGGUGAGGAUGACAAACUGAUCUUGUGUGACGAGUGUAAUAAAGCCUUCCACCUGUUUUGUCUGAGGCCGGCCCUCUAUGAAGUACCAGAUGGUGAGUGGCAGUGCCCAGCUUGCCAGCCUGCUACUGCCAGGCGCAACUCCCGUGGCAGGAAUUACACUGAGGAGUCUGCCUCUGAGGACAGUGAAGAUGAUGAGAGCGAUGAAGAGGAAGAGGAGGAGGAAGAGGAGGAGGAGGAGGAAGAUUAUGAGGUGGCUGGUUUGCGAUUGAGACCUCGGAAGAGUGUCCGGGGCAAGCAGGGGGUCAUCCCCCCUGUGGCAAGGCCAGGCCGACGACCAGGUAAGAAGCCGCACCCUACCAGGAGGUCUCGGCCGAAGGCACCACCUGUGGACGACACCGAGGUUGAUGAGCUGGUGCUUCAGACCAAGCGGAGCUCCCGGAGGCAAAGCCUGGAGUUGCAGAAGUGUGAAGAGGUCCUCAACAGGAUUGUGAAGUACCGCUUCAGCUGGCCCUUCAGGGAGCCUGUGACCAGAGAUGAGGCAGAGGACUACUACGACGUGAUCGCCCACCCCAUGGACUUCCAGACGAUGCAGAAAAAAUGUUCCUGCGGGAGCUACCGCUCUGUGCAGGAGUUUCUUACUGACAUGAAGCAAGUGUUUACCAACGCCGAGCUUUACAACUGCCGAGGCAGCCACGUGCUGCACUGCAUGGUGAAGACAGAACAGUGUCUGGCGGCGCUGUUGCAUAAACACCUCCCUGGCCACCCAUAUGUCCGUAGGAAACGCAAGAAGUUUCCUGAGCGGCUGGCUGAAGAUGAAGGGGACAGUGAGCCAGAGCCCGCUGGACAGUCCAGGGGACGAAGACAGAAGAAAUAAAGAGGCGGGGCCCUGGUCCUUUCCACUUUGGCCACCACACCAGUGCCAAGCCCUCUGGUCUCCAGGGGAGGGAUUACUGUAUUACAUAGAAGAAUCAAGUGUGAUCAGGCCAGUUGGGGAGGUGGUGGUGAUUUUUUUAAGUCUAUAUUUAUAUACAGUCAUGUUUCUUUAAGCCCGCACUCUGUCUCUUCCUCCCUCUCCCUCUCAGGUGACGGGAUCAGUGAGUGCCAUACAGAGUUCUGUAUUCACCAGCAUCAUGAAACAGUUGUGUUCUUUUGAGUUGAUCUUGACAGAGUAAAAGGACCUGUCCUGGAGCCAUUCCUGAAUACCCUUCCCCUUCUUUGUGACAACUCUCCCCACUCCCACCCCACCUCACUCCCUCAGAAAAACAAACAAAAUCAAAAAAAAACUAAGGCACUUCACUUAGAGACUGGAGUCCUGCUUAUAAUCAUGCAUAUAACCUUUACUUUGAUGGAUCUGGCCAGAGGGGUGUUGGAGCCCAGCCCACCCACAUACCAGACAAGCUCUUAGGGGAGCAGAAGAAAAGCAGGAAGAAUUGAAAUGUUUAAUUUUUUUAAAAUUGAUUUUUCUAGUUAUUAAAAGUUGCUUGUUUCAGCAGUGAUAUUGUAUAAAGAACAUCUUGUAAAAUAUUUCUGUCAUCUUGCUUUGGCACAUGUACAGUACAAUUUAUAUGAUAACGUGUUCGCUUUCCUUUGCCCAUCUCCUCCCUCAGCCCAUCUUCUCGCUCAUCAGAGCAGGCAGUGGGACCUGGUGGGGGAGGGGGCAUGCCCCUGCCUGCCCUGGUGGCCCUGUCCCCUCCUCGUCUCCAUCGCCUCCUCCCAGGCCUUUUCUGGCCUCAGAGUCUGCUCGCAGAGAACCUGAUCUGUCCGUGGUGUCAGUGGGAGGUGAGAGGAGGGACGGACGGGAGGAAAAGCUCCCUCAGCCCCUUCCCACAAUGACUCUAGUGUAGUAGUUACAUUUAGGCAAAACUUUGUAGGCUUCUCCCUUUUAUGGCCGAUUUUGAUAAAAAUGCAAAACAGGGUUUAAUUUUCUUUUCUAUCAACUUUGAAUUUGGAAAUUUUGAGCACCUAGGUUCUUCUGUACCUAUUUAAAUUAAGGGAAAAGAAUUCCACCAAGGGAAUUGCAACUCAUAGAACUUGAGAAUAAAGCCUCUUAAUACUGAACUUCAAGGUGUGGUCCCUGUUUCUCCCGUCCUCCUCCUUCAAGGACUCCGGGGAUUUGCUCCAGUGGCUGGUGGAUAGGUUUACCGUCCCUUCCACCACAGGCGUGGUUAGCACUGACAUUACAAUUACAUAAGCCCAGCCGCCAGCACCUUCUCCUGCCUCUUACCCUAGAGCCAGUCUGUUCUUGUUAAUAGUGAGACUCCUGUGUUCCCACUUCAGUGACACCUGAAUUGUUUGUUUUUUAAAUUGUCUUUAAGGAGGAAGGGCCCCAUUGAGGGGUAAACUUGUAAUAAAUUGGAAUUUCAAAUAAACAUUAUGUACUUGUGUUUAUAAAGAAGAAA